AAAUUUAGUUUAUUUAAUUGUCGACGUCGAGCCAUUACGUUAUUCUUCUGUUUAUUGAACAUUCGUGUCAUACGCCAAAGGAUAUUUCAAUCUUGUUAAAAAAUAUUUACAUGGUAUUUAUAAGUUUGCUAACAUAUCAAGUUAUCACAGAAAGGUGGGCAUAACCCACUACGUAACGAUACGUAUGACGAAACGUGACUCAAGAAAAUUUACGAUACUACUUAUUAAAUUUCAUGAAAUACGUCAUGCAUGUAAACACUGGAGGUAAACAAGUGGAGGUGAUAAGCGAGAGGUUCGCUGGGCGGGGACUUGUCAGUUAGCGCUUGCGCGUCGAGAGCGGUUAGAGCACGGCGCCGCCGCGGAACCGGCACCGAUCGUGACUCGCGAGUACGGCAGUAGUGCCGGCGACCCCCAGCCACCAUGAACACCCGCCAGCUGUGCCGGCUCGCUGCCACCGCACGCCCUAAACCAAAAACCUCAAAUGGCAUACUAUGCACCUGCUACCGGCGCUAUAGUCAAAAAUGGCGCAACUCUGCUCCACACUUCUAUGCUGUCCAGUCGAUAGACAUGAGGGUUCGUGAAGGUCCUCACAAGAAUGCAGACGAUGUCAUAUUUGACAUGUUCAAAAAUGAAGACUCCGGCCUUCUCCCAGUUGGAAAGUUUUUGGCCGCCUUGAGGACCACUGGAAUAAGAAAAAAUGAUACGCGCGUUAAAGAAGUAAUGCACAACUUGUACAAAGUGCACAAGGAAUCUAACUUUGAAGGAGGCUCGCCCGAAACCCUAAAGCUGGACAGGAAGUCCUUCAAGGAAGUGAUUGCACCCAACAUUGUUUUGAUAACUAGAGCAUUCCGUAGCCAAUUCGUUAUUCCCGAUUUCCAAGACUUUAUAAAAGACAUAGAAGAAAUGUAUUGGGCGGCUAAAAGUAACACCGACGGCAAAGUGGCCAGUUACAUACCGCAGCUAGCCAGGGCAAGCUCUGACAGCUGGGGCGUGAGCGUCUGCACCAUAGAUGGCCAGAGAUUCUCUAUUGGUGACGUGAAUGUCCCAUUCACUCUGCAGUCGUGCAGCAAGCCGCUCACAUACGCGAUGGCCCUCGAAACUCUGGGGCCCGACGUGGUACACAAAUAUGUUGGCACCGAGCCCAGCGGCCGCAACUUCAAUGAACUCGUUCUCGACUAUAAUAUGAAACCGCAUAAUCCGAUGAUUAACGCUGGAGCGAUUUUAGUGUGCUCAUUACUGAAGACCUUGGACAGACCCGAAAUGACGCUAGCUGAAAAGUUUGAUUACGUCAUGUCAUUCUUUAGUCGUCUGGCUGGCAACGAAGGUCUAGGUUUCAAUAAUGCAGUAUUUUUGUCAGAACGCGAAGCUGCUGACAGAAACUAUGCCCUUGGCUUUUACAUGAGGGAAUAUAAAUGUUACCCGGAAAAAACUAACUUACGUGAGUGUAUGGACUUCUAUUUUCAGUGUUGCUCGAUGGAAGCAAACUGCGAUAUAAUGUCAAUCAUGGCUGCGACUCUUGCAAACGGAGGAAUAUGUCCAAUCACCGAUGAGAAAGUACUGCGGCCAGACUCAGUACGGAACGUGCUCUCUCUGAUGCAUAGCUGUGGGAUGUACGAUUACUCUGGACAGUUUGCCUUCAAAGUGGGUCUACCAGCCAAGUCAGGAGUGUCCGGCGCGAUGCUUAUAGUUGUCCCUAACGUUAUGGGCAUCUGCACGUGGUCCCCACCGCUGGACCCCCUAGGAAACAGCUGCAGAGGGUUACAGUUCUGCGAUGAUUUGAUAAAGAGGUUUAACUUCCACAAGUACGAUAAUAUUCGGUACGCGAGUCACAAAAAAGAUCCACGUCGGUACAAAUUUGAGUCCACCGGCCUCAACAUCGUCAACCUGCUGUUCUCCGCUGCGAGCGGCGAUCUCAGCGCACUGAGGAGGCACCAUCUCUCUGGUAUGGAUAUGACCCUGUCUGACUAUGACGGCCGUACCGCAUUGCAUCUUGCCGCUGCAGAGGGCCACCUCGCUUGCGUCGACUUCCUUCUCGCCCAGUGCGGUGUACCGCAUGACCCCCGCGACCGGUGGGGAAGCCGACCUCUCAACGAGGCAGAAACGUUCGGACAUACCGCCGUAGUUCAAUACCUGAAGGAGUGGGAAGCCGCGCACCCAGUGGACAAACCUGUGGACCCAUCAGCCUCAACGGUAGAUGAAAUAUUGGAGGUUAAACCAGACGCUGACGAUGCUGUAAAAGACCCGAGCAUUCAGGAGAUUGUGUCAAGGAAUGGCGACAAAGUGCAGUAGAAUCUCACAUGAAAAAUGAAAAUGAGAUGAUCUCGUGACUGCCUGCGCUGUCACAAAAUAACAUUUGUAAGCGUCGGUACAGCGUCGAGUACCCGCCGUAUUCAUAUGAUAUGAUAAGAGAUGCUUAAAUGCAACAUACAUAUUAUAUUAGAUGCUUGUACCUCAUGAUGCCGAGACCUUUAUGAAGGGAAUAAGUUUGACACGUGUUAUGUACAUGUUUAGGUGUGCACUGCAUGUAGAAACCCAUCUCAUAAUUAAGUAGAUUAAUAACAAUGCAUUUCACGUUUGGACAGCUGUACACAGGUUUUGUUAAUAUUGUAGACCUUUACCUAAAAACCCUUUAAUAGUGUUUUUCUUUGAUUGUAUUAAAAUCGAAGAUAUUUUGUAUCAAUAUUUACAGUAAUUUUCCUUCUGAGAAAUUUAUAUUAUACAAUGUAGAGUCGUAGUGCGUAUUGUUACUGACAUUAUACUGUGUAAAUCAAGCUUUGAAGAUGUAUGUUUACAGUUUAAAGCUCAAGCGAGUGUGAUAUUAAAAUAAAUUAUCUGCACAAGGCAACAUAUUGGAGAUAAUCAGUUGGUCAAGAUCUUGGGAGAGAUGUACAGAAAAAUUGAACUGAAGUGGAUUGAGCUUAUAGCAAGAUGGUUCUUUAUAGUAAUAUGUACUUAGUAGUUCUGUAUUUAAAUACCUCAUCUGUAAAUCGAUUGGUCACCGAAAAAUCGGAAUCUAUCAGUCAGAUUGGGGCAGUACAGGAGUGUGGAAGCUAGGUAAUAGACAAUCUAUCUGUAUUCUAGUAUGUACUUAAAAAAUAGGUUGAACUAUACUAAAACCUUUUUCAAUCUUAAGUAGGUUUCUGAGAGCUGUAUUCCUUAAAAUAUAGUUUAUGUAAAAGUAAAUUAUGAAUCUUACAUAUUGACAUCAUCAAGUUCUAAGUGUUUAAUCCAUGAAUGUAUAAACUUAGUGCAUUAACUAUUUACCCUUCUUCUCAAGAUUACAUCUCUCUAUUUAAAGUUAACUUUAAGCAUCUGAUUCUUGUAAAGAAUCCUCCAUUAAUAUGUAUUUUUAACAUUCCAUUUUGAAUUAAUACAAUUGUAUGUAUAAUGUUGCAGUAUCAUCAAAUUAUUUAUAACACAUUAUUCUUAAAUUUGAAUAAAAUAUAUC